ACGGAAAAUCCGAUCAAAUGCUCACGCUGGCGGGAAACCUGAAGGAGAAGAGAAGGGUUUAUGUUGAUCAUGUUUAUGUUGUCUGAUGUAUUUGAGCUUUGUGAAGUGGUACAAGAAUAUCAAGAGAGAUCAGCAGUCUUUCGUUGAAUCGCUCGAUCCUUAUCCCAAGUGUUGAUCUUGAUUACUCUCACACAUAAGGACUGAACUACUGAAGCCUUGUCAUAUGUUUCCACUUCCAGCAUGGUUCAGAUAGUCAUUUCAAGUAAAAGCGGUGAGUCUCCUGGUGAGUGGCUGCUUGUGGAGUUACAGGGUGAGAUGGUGUCACGACAUGACACUGGACUGGCUGGAAAUCUUAUGGGGGAUCUGCACUACACCAAAGAAGGUGUACCAGUGCUGAUUGUGGGACAUCACAUCCUGUAUGGGAAGCAGGUCAAACUGGAGAAACCUUUUGCUGUCCUGUUGAAGCACUCUGGCCUCCCACAAGAAGAUGAGGUAGCCAUGGAAACUGGCCAGGAGAAGCCUACCUCCUACACUGUCUCUGCUAUAAUCAAAAAGAAGCUGAUCUUUAAAACACGCCCUAAACCUAUCAUUACUAAUGUGCCCAAGAAAGUAUAAUGGCCAAAAAAUAUACAGAGGGGCAUUCAUGGUGUCUGCUAUUCAAUCUUUUGUGAAAUACACCAGUCCCAGAAAGUGUGGUCUUAAAAUCUUUCCAGAUGAUGUCUUAUGAAUACAAGACUGUUCUGUGAGCUCUGGAUAGACUUUCUCAUGGGACAAAUCCUAUUUGGAUGUGUGUGAUGUAUUGGUUCAUCAUUGCAAAAA